AUGUCCCGUCAUGACGACUCAAACCCCCAUGACCGGCAGAUGGAGAUAGAGGCAGUGUCGUCCGAUCGACCGCCCCACCUCAAUGAAUCAAACUGCAGGUAUUGCUGUGGUUUGGGCUGCAGUGGACCGCAGUCAGGAGACGAUGAUGGAGAGGGAGGGUGUGGGAGUGAUGCGACGUCCACCGUGGUCGGUUCUGACAAUGAUGUCGGAGAUCUGGAAGAGCCUUUGCAUGUAGAGGAAGUUUAUGAACCUCAACCUUUCGGUCCAGAAGAUUCCCGGACGAGUGAGAGGCAGCCAGGAGGAUUCACAUACCGUUCAGAAGAAGAUCUCCGAUUUCAUCGAUUCUUGCGCGCUCAGAGGUCCAUCUUUAUCUCUUCGAUACUGAACCGGAACCGCGAUGAGCUGGACAGCCUUCGCAACGAGGCUACGACGAGAUCGCACAGCAGCGCGUCAUCUGAGGUCGGAAGCGCGGACAACAUGUCGCAAGAGGGCCUGGUCGCUGGAGUGGGCACUUGGGGCGAUGCUAUUCGACACGACCGCCUUCCAGGCCUUUUUCGCAAGACACCUCUUCGGCUCAGUGCCCAGUAUGAGGAUUGUCGUGGUCCGUCAUUAUCGCAUCUAAUUACCCAGGACGUUACGACGCUGCUAAGUCCAAAUGGUCGCUGGGGAGCCCAGAGCUUCCCCAACGCCUACUCCACGCAUUACGACGGGGACUCGUUUGCGCAUUAA